CUGUCGUUCGUUGCAAAACAUUGACCUACACACACACUCGAGCCGCUCUCAAUUUCUCUUGCUGUCAACUAUUCAUUUAUUCUCACGUGUCUGCUACUUUUCAUAAUCUCCUACUAUCCGCCUACCGUCUCUCGCUUUACUGCGACCCAUCAGAGUCAAUUUCUUCAGGCCAGCAAUCUCAAGACCCCUGCCCGCUGUGACGUCCAAGCAGCCCAUCGUUGGCUGGCUCUAACUUUUCCCUCAAUCAUGGUCGGCCUUCCUCUCGAGGAGAACAGAAGGUGGGCGCGGAAGAAUUCACAGAGUUGGCGUCGACCCUUGGUGAACACUCAGCGUCCACGGCGUCCAGUCUUGCUUGUCCUCGUUUGUAUAGUCUGCCUAGUUCUUUGGCGGCACUCACAUCAGCCAUCUCAGUCGCCUCACAGAAAUGUCGUUGACGAUGGUUCCUCGUCGCCAUUCUCAAUACAAGACAGGAGGUCCCUCCGUGACAGUUAUGACCAGUUCUCGCAGAGGUCGAUUCGGAUAGGCACCGCCCCUGGGGCGCAGGAUGAUUCAGAUGUGCGGACGGAAACCCCGGCUGCAAAAGAUAUUCCAGACUUUGAUCUCAAAGUCCAAGACAGCGAGCCAAAUCAACAACAUCAUGCCCAAGGCAAGCCCACGACACCAAGAGCAGGAUCAGACCCCGAAUUACCGUCCGGCCCCGAGAUCGUUGUCUACGCAGGCGUACCAGUGGAAGAUGCUACGUCCGACGGGCAAAAAGAUGACUUGAUCAUAAAUCCAUUACCAAAGGGGCCUGUGGCUGUGAAGGCAAACCUCGACCCAUCAAAAGAGAAAGAGUUUCUCAUCUCCUCUCCGGAUCAGCCAGAACGGGAAAAGGUUAUCGAGGCGGAACCCCUGGACCAUCUUUCCCUGGAGGAAAAGGCCGACAGUCUACCAGAGAUCAUUCACAUUCCUUUUGAGGAUGUGGUUGCUGGCAGCACCCUUCAGGGAUGGGAAGACCGCUGGAUUUCUGACGCAUCAUAUGAUUCCAAGGCAUGGGGCAAGUUGGAGGAACCCAAGAUUGACUUUGUCUACCUCUGGGUCAAUGGCUCACAGGAUGAGUUCCAAAAAACCAAACACCCUUAUGAACUCAACUCUGUCCUCAAUGACGAUGAAGGCAAGUGGCUCAAAUCUCAUGGCGUCAACAGAUACCGAGAUUGGGACGAGUUAAGGUAUUCACUCCGCAGCUUGGAACGACACGCUGCCAAAUUUCGAAACAAGAUUCAAAUUAUCGUCAAUUCGGUGGAAGGAACGCCCGAAGGCAAACAGGUGCCGACAUGGCUCAAUGAUAACCCGCAUACCCAAGAGACGGUCGAAGUCCUAGCCCAGGAGGAGUUCUUCGAUGCAGAAAAGCACGCAUGUCUGCCGACGUUCAAUUCACUUACCAUUGAAAAUCAACUCUUUAACACGCCGUCAGAUACUGACUAUUUGUAUGCGUUGUCCGAUGACAUGCUCCUAGGGAAAACGCACGCGGCAUCCGACAUUCACUCUCCUCUGUUUGGGCCAGUGAUGGGAUUCAAGACGAACUCUUAUAGCGCAACAUCGCCGCCUACGGAUGUAGACGCCCACCGAUUCGGAGAAAAGCCUUUCCUCAUCUACACGUCCUGGCUACUAAAUCGAAGAUUUGGGAUCCGAAAGCGUAAGGGUCAGGGUCAUUUCGGGCACGCUUUGUCUCGGAGCAUUAUGCGUGAAGCCAUCUCGUCCUUUCCUGGGCCUGAGCUCCAAAGUGCGUGCAAGCGCUUCCGAGGAGAGCCAGGUUUUCAACUAUACUCAUGGUAUGUGACGUUCCACUAUCUCAUCGAGCGUCACCGUGAGGCGCUUAUUUGGAGCUACAUUAUGCUCCGGAGCGAUGUUGACGGGGACGGAAAUCUUUCAUGGGAAGAAAGGCAGACCAUUAUGCAGGAUUUAGAGACUGGGAUGAAUAAUGAAGGUCGAACAACAUAUCGCAAACGACACUACUAUCACGUGUCUCAAUUGUUACAAAAGGCAGGGUUGGAGCCACCCAAGGUCAAUACAGACGUUCUAUGGACUUCGUUGGAUGGCCCCCAGGCGAUUCAAAACGCAGACUGCAUCGAGUUCGAUGUCAACGAGUGCCUGGCCCCAGGAUUCUCCAUUUCCUCGACAGACUCCCACAGCAAGAAUCCCAUGUUCGCCACGUCAAAUAUUUUUGAUCGACUGGCUCGCCAAGAGCCCAAAUGUGGCGACUGUCUGCUAAAGCUGGUGCUGAACAAGACACCCAAAGGGCUAGGCCCACUAUUACCGCACGCCGGGAGCCAGCAGGAUCAACGGGAUCUUGUGAUCAAGGCAGUGAUGCGGUAUCGAUAUACCAUCAUCAAUCCUGAUGCGCUCUUCGUCAUGGUGACCGAUGCUGAGCAAGUGGAUAGCACACUGGUGAGCCGAUAUGUCCGGUCCAAGAAGGAGCUUGCCGGGCAGCUCUGUUUGAAUGACGAUGUCUCGACCAAUGAUGAGCAGGAAUUGGCGGACGUGAAGGAGGCCAUGACCGAACUCUACCAGGGACUCUUUCCCGAUCCGUCUCCAUUCGAGAAGUAGAGGGCAUUGGGCCACUUGAGAUGAGACUAUGACAUUUCACUUCUGCACAUUAGCGUUUGGAUAUAGCAAAACUCCCACUGUAGACAGUGGAGGGGUUGCUGAUGAGAUGCGGGACGUUGGCGCUGCGGGACAGGGUCGACAGGACUCGACCUCAGAUGUCGGCAAGAUUUGAAGAAGAAAGGUUGAGAUGAUGAUUGGAAGUCUUGUACAAUACUAACUACGAUACCUCCCACCAGUCGCUAGAUAUCUAAUCGACAGUCAGAAUAGACAGAUGGUCUGCAUGAGGCAUGCAGCUUUUAAACAGA